AUGUGGUCAUCAACCCUCCCCCUCCUUGCUCUGCUGAGUACCACCCUGGCUAUACCCCAGCCAAAGAUUUCUUCCAUACGUCGACCUGGAUGGCGACCUAACCGACGUCAACUGCCCACCGACUCGGUCAACACGACCUCGUCGUCACCUUCUACCACCGCACCAAAAGACAACAUCUGGAUCUCUCUCACCAACGACGAAGCGGCAGAUGUUAUCAGCUUCCUCCACUCAAGAGAAGAUCUCAACCUCACUGCAGUGGAUGAUGCUGGUGAAUGGGACAACACCAUCAUGGUCGUUGAUUUUUUACCACCUAACAAGACCGAUGCACUUGGCUACUUAGAUGGACAAGGUGAUAAACCUGAAAGAUGGGCUGUGGCAAGUCUGUUAUUCGGUGCGACCGAAGAACCUUACGCGCAAGAUUGGGUGGUUGGUCCUAUUCCCAUCACCAAUGAUUCGACAUACUACCCUUACACUUUCGGUACUCACGCUGAAGAUGCCAAGAUAAGAGUGUACGAUAUGGAUGCUACUAUCGAAACGGAGGACGACCUCAACGAUACCUUUGACAUGUGGGGAAUUGAUCCACUUUGGCAUGAGAAGGAUGAGGACGGAAAUGAUCAUGUGAUUGACUGGGUCGGCUUCUGGCGAUAUCCUGCCACUCGACAGAUGAACAACGGUUCAAUCAAUUUCGACGGUGAAACGCUCCUUCCUCAAGGUCUCUACAUGCAAUUCGACAUUACCGGAAGAGAUAAGUCCCAAUGGAAAUUCCUAGGUGUAUUAUAUGGUGACGAGUACUACACCUCCAUCGAUGAUUUCAGAUCCGCUUGGCAAUCAUCCGAUUUCAAGAAGUACACUCCUAACAUGGGAGGUAAAUGGAUCGAGACCGACAAAACCGGUAAAGAACUUCCUCUUGAUACCGAAGUACCUCCUAUGGGUGUUCAACCUGGAGGUCAACGAUUUAAGGUAGAUGAGGAAAAUAAAUACGUUGAAUGGAUGGAUUUCACCUUCUAUCUUACUUUCACCCGAGACACCGGUAUGAGACUUUACGAUAUCAAAUACAAAGGACAACGAAUCAUCUACGAGCUUGGUCUGCAAGAAGCUAUUGCUCAUUAUGCGGGAAAUGAUCCUGUUCAAUCGGGUACCUCUUACAUGGACACCUUCUACGGUUUCGGUCCAUACGCCUUCUCCCAAGUCCCAGGGUAUGACAUGCCCUUAUACGCCUAUUGCAUGAACACCUCUUUCCAUGCUUCUGAGCUUUCAAAGUCCCAUCGAUGUGGUAUCUCCAUCUUCGAGCACGAUCUUGGCCACCCUAUUCAAAGACACUCCACCCAAACAUACGUCUCCGUCACCAAAGGAAUCGCUUUGACUGUUCGAAGUAUCUCCACCGUCGGUAACUACGAUUACAACUUUGACUACAACUUCUUCAUGGAUGGUACAAUUGAGACUGUCGUUCGAGCUUCCGGAUACAUCCAAUCUGCCUACUACGCUAAGAACGACGAAUACGGUUAUCAUAUCCAUGAUGGGCUGUCUGGAUCGAUGCACGACCAUGCGCUCAAUUUCAAAGUUGAUUUCGAUAUUUUGGGCACGAACAAUACCCUGGUCAAGCAUGUCAUUGAACCUGUCGAGAAAGAAUACAAAUGGCGCAAAGGUACUAGCAAUACUAUGCAUAUGGUCAGGAAGGAGGUUGCUAACGAGGAUGAGGGUAAGAUGAACUGGUCUGCCAACGCACAAGAACAAGUCAUCGUGGUCAACAAAGAAGCACUCAACAAGUAUGGUGAACCUAGAGGGUACAAGAUCAUGCCCAGUCGAGGUGGUGCGGGUAUGCACCUGACGAUCACCAAUUCAAGCAACUUACUCAACUCAGUCGGGUUUGCUACCCAUGCCUACUACGUAUCUAAACGAAAAGACUCCGAGUUGAAAGCUGCGAAUGCUUGGAAUGAUUAUGAUACUGCUAAUCCUCUUGUCAACUUCGAUAAAUUCUUCGAUGGAGAGAACCUUGUCCAAGAGGAUUUAGUACUCUGGUUCAACUUGGGAAUGCACCAUGUACCCCACACCGGUGAUUUGCCAAACACCGUCUUCUCAACCGCCCAAUCCGGUAUGGUCCUCACUCCUCACAACUACCUCCUGAAUGAUCCUUCCAGACAAACAUCGCAACAGAUCAGAAUUGACUAUGAUGAAGGAGAUGUGUCCGACGUUUAUACAUUUGGCAGUGAACAGGCAUUCGGGGAGAUCGAUCUGUCACAAGUCAGCUGGGAUCCUUACACGUAUGCUGGUGAUGUGGCUGUUAGAAAGUUCCCAUACGAUCCCCAAAACCCAUUUGACGAUACCGAAUCGAUCGUAUAG